UCUUUUAUAUUCACUAUCAAUACACAAUCAUCCUUGUACAAGGCAAGAUUUUCGGUCCUGGUUAUGGAUACCUUGAGCGGCUAAGCAAUUCUCUGAUCUCAAGAAUUCUGGGAAAUUUGUUACUUUUCUCUGGAGACAUGCAGAGCAAAUGUCUGUAUAUUGCGGAUAAGGAUUCUUGAGCUUGAAUGACCAUAAACUGGUGUCAUCACUUGAUCACCUAAACCAAAAUCAUCACACUGAAUCUUGCUAGCUAUGGGGAAGCGAAUUUGCGAGAAAGAAUGUGCAUUGUCUAAUGGAAAUAGCCAUCACACUCAUCCAGGACGAGUAUGGGGAAUGCUUCACGUUAUAAGGUACCAUCAUUGGCGUCAGGUCAAGAGAAGGCUUACACACAGGAGGCAUGGUGGUGAAAGACUUGAUGCUAGUACUAGAGCUGGAAUUCCAGGAACUUCUGAUGAUUCUGGGGUUCACUCUAUGGGAGAACAUGAUAAGCCACAUACAGAACUAUCUAAUGUUGAAGAAGAGCUGGUACACUCCUCUCAGCCUGCCAAAAAUUCCAUCAAAUCCAGAUUAAGGUCACUUCUUAAUGAAGAUAUAUACAGAAAGAAGGGUCGACACAAGAGAAGCUCAACCUGCCCUGCAAAGUCGCAACUAACUCAAGCUGUUUCUGUUCACAACAUAGAGGUUGAUCCACUUAGUGAAUUGUUACUGAAUGUUCAGAGCCCUGAACCAGUCCUAGAAACCUUUCAAAACCGUCUUGCUGCUGGCACAUUGGAUGUGUUGUCACCAGUUUUCUCCGAGAAACCAAUUGCCAACAAUGACAAAUGUGUAGAUUGUGGAACAAUGUUUUCUAAAGACAUUUUGGAUCAUAGCAAGAUUCAUAAGCACUUUUGCUCUCCUAGUCAAGGUGGUCCUGAAAAGAAGUCGAUGAAUGCACAGAUACUUACAACUGAUGCUUCACCCCAUCUUUUCAAGGACUUUCUUGAUGCAUUGGAUGUGAUCAACACAAACAAGGACUUCCUAUUAGAACAUAUACAGGAUCCAGGCUCUCCUUUGCCAUUCCACACUCACAAUCAACAGUCUUUCAAUGGUAAACAGAGACGAUCCAAAUCUCUCUCAUUUCCUGUAUCAGCCUCAUCGUCAGGAAGCCAAGAUUCUGUUCAUGGCCAACUCAUAAACCAAAUGGUAGAUGAUUGGUUGGAUUCAGAAGAAGAGAAGUUACAAAAUCAAAGUAACAUGCAAAAUACAAGCAUGGAUGAGUCCUCAGAAGAUUCUUACCAACAGACCAUUCCAUCAGGUUCUUCAAAUAAUUUUGAUCAAUGGGGUGAAAGAGAUUCUAAUUCUUCAUCAGUUUCGUCUCAGGUUCCCAACAAUGUGAAAACUAGGCAUUUCAGGAAUCUUAGAAAGAAGAUGAGGCACAUAAUUGAUGAUGGAAGAAAUGAAAAGCAUCGCAUUACCAUGGAUGCUAUACUUGACAAAAUUCCUAGCGGAAAGAGGCUCACCAAAAAUGUGAAGAAGUUUAUCCAUGACAAAUCCAAAAACCCCACAAUUAAAGGGGAAGGUGAAGACAGUGCAACAAGAGGUUUUGGUAGCCGUCUCUCGUCUAAUUCCUUCAACAAGCAUCAACCACCACCCAUGAGGAAUUCAUCUCUAAAAGAUUCAGCUGGUAGAUAUUCUCAGUUGUAUCAUCAGACUUGUUUUAACAGUGAAGCCAAGUAUCCUAAGACUGAGAACUUAAGAUUGAGAACAGAAGAGAGAAAUUCUAUAUUAAAGACCCCAAAAUCCUUUAAAAGGUUUCUUUCAAUGCCUAAUUUAAAAUCUUACUUUCACCAGAAUGAGGAGCUGCCUUUACCUUUAUCCCCCCAGAGUUCAAUCAAGAAAUCUGGAGAUAGAACCACUAAAUUUAAAUCUUACUUUCACCAGAAUGAGGAGAUGCCUUUACUUUUAUCCCCCCAGAAUUCAAUCAAGAAAUCUGGAGAUAGAACCACAAGCACAAAUGUCAUUGAUCAGCAGCAAAGUUGGUUUGACCAUAAUGAUGAUUCAAAGAGUCAAAUUUUGCCACCUACAUUUGCUGAUAACACAAAUCAAGAAUGUAGUUUGAAUGCUGACCAAAAGCAACUUCUUGUCAGGAGUGCUUCAAAAUCAGGAAUAGAUUUUAGUACCGAGGAAAAGGCAGAUAAGAGCAUACGAAUUGAAGGUUUUGGUGACUUGAGAGACAGUGAACAUGACAUUGGAGCUGAAACAGAAUCUGUUUCUGUGCCAGCGGAAGCAAACUCAGUCUUCUCUUCUGACACCAGCUUUCUAGAUUUUACAUUUGAUCUUGAGAACUUAAACAUACAGGAAGAAGAAUCAGACACAGAAAUAAAGCCAGUGCAAGAUGAUGGAUUAGAUGAUAUGGCUGAGCAACAAGAGGCUAAGGAGGAUCACCCUGAGGAGGUUGAGAAUUUUCAAAACAUUGGAACUUUAAGCAAGCGUUUCAACUAUGAAAUUCCAUGUAUUGAAGUGGAUCCAAGUAAUGAAGCUGCAUUUAAUUAUGUGAGAAAGGUUUUAGAGCUCUCUGGGUUCACUGGCCAUGAUUCCCUUGGGAUAUGGUAUUCUGAUAACCAACCACUUGAUCCUUCAAUGUAUGAAGAAUUGGAGGGGUGCUUGCUUCUUGAUCCUGAUUGUUCUGGUAAUAGUGGUGAAGGUGGAGAAUGUAAUCAUCAUCUGCUUCUGUUUGAUAUAAUCAAUGAAGGGUUGUUGGAGAUUUUUGGCAGAUCAUACAACUAUUAUCCAAGACCCUUGUCUUAUCUCUCCCAUGUUCAUCCACUUCCAGCAGGAGAAAAUGUUCUCUAUAAAGUGUGGACACUCAUUAGCUGGUAUCUGAUGAACUCAACAACAUAUGAGCUUUAUCCGUCAUUGGAUUAUUAUGUGAGCAAAGAUCUUGCAAAAUAUGAUGGGUGGAUGAAUCUCCAAUUUGAUUCUGAAUGUGUGGGGCUUGAGCUAGAUGACUUGAUUUUUGAUGAUCUAUUGGAGGAAAUAAUCUCCACCUAACCGGAGUUUUGCAAGCUUGGUCUUUUCUCCAUACCAUAUAUGAUUAAAUUUUUAUGUGAGUUAAUGUAGCUUUAGUAUUGUUCUUCCUGAUGCAAUUCAUUUUCUCAGAGAAUACUUCAAGGCAAUACCUUUGUAAAUUAAUUAAUGGUUUAAACAUGUUUCUGGU